UAUCCACGUCUUUGUUAAUAAAAUUUUUAGAAAGUUUUGUACUACAUAAAAUUUUUUUCAGAACCAGAAGAUAUAAUAAGUAAUUAAUUCCUUUUUCAUGCACAACCUAUUGUGGCUUAGGAAACAUUAUAAUAGGAUAGCAACAAUGAUAAUAUAUAUGAGGGGCUAGUUCCAAAGUGUGCAAUCACCAUUUUUUAGAAAAAAAUAGUAAGAUGUCGCUUCGGAUUCAAUUUUCAGCAGUACAUACUAAUAUGAAACUGUUUUGUAACAAAACGAGCUAUAUUCUACCUAUUUUUAACCUUAAAAGCCUUGGUAGUUAAUUCUUCCGUUGGAUUUUUUUUAUAUAGAAGUGGGAUUUCUUUUGGCAUAUUUAUAGAAUGGCCUUUUUAUUCGGUUAACACAUUGAUGGACAGUGUGAACAUGUCGAUGUUCCAAAAAAAUCACAUUGAUAUUUUAGAAACAUAUGAACUGAUUUUUUUCAUAUUUUGACCAUAUAUAUAAAAUAGGAUAAAGUUUAAAAAAAAACAACUUUGGACGCCAUACUGCCAUAACAGUUGUGACCCACCAACAUUACUUUCUGACAGGACGCAUUACUGCAUAAGCAGUAAUUUUUUAAUGGCAAUGUUGGGACACUGUACUGCUAAAGCAUUAUAAAUUCCUAAAACGUUUUAACUUGGAGAAACAUUUAUUUUGAAGAAAGAAAUAAAAUACAACUUAAAGUAAAAACUAGUUCCUAAGGCUAAAAUGGUAACUUUCAAAGCAUGUCGGACAUAAUGCUGGUUUGUCUUCACAACCCUUACAUCUGUAUGAAACUUGUGUCCUUUAGUCCUUUUUGAGACACUCCUUGCAGUUUAAAAAGUAAUUCUUCCUUUUAUAAUUCUCAGAGGGCAAGGGGAUUUUUUCGGGAAAAUGUGGAGUAUCAUUAUUAUCUGAUGGUCUUGCUGGUGUUCGCCGAUUUUCAUGUACAGCAAUAUUUUUGUUUGUUUUAAAAAAAAGUCUACCAUUUUUUUCAUUUGCAGGUAUUUCGAGCAAUCCUCGAAUAAUCUUUUCUCGAAAUUCGAUAAUUCUGAUAUUUUUUACUUUUUCCUUGUAAAUAAAAAAUGCGUUAAAUAUUGUAACGUCUAGUAAAUGAAAAAUUAUUUUCUUAUACCAACUUAUUGUUUUUCGUGGGCAUGAGUAGUAAGAUACAAGCUGAUCCAGUCUAUCAAUCAACACCAUAUAUAUAUUUGUUAUAUUCUGCUACUUCAACUGGUUUUAAUUUCACCUUAAAAAAAUAUAUAUUAUUAUAUUAGUGUACCUAUUUUAGAAAAACAAAAAAUGUACCUUGCCAAAGCGACUUGAGACUUCAAUUAACUUGGCAUGAUACUUGGUGGUUAAAAGUAAGACAUCUCUGUUGUCUCUCCAUUUAGAGACGUAUACACCUCGACGUCUUCUCCAGAUGUAUUCCCCCUUUUUUAACUUUUUCAAAGUCACAACUUUUGGAUUGCCUUUCCUAUAUGCAUUAUACUGUGGUCUGUUUUUUUUUUGUCUAAAUUUUACGUUAGGAAUAAGAUGCGGUUUUUGCGAGUCUAUUUGGGCGUCAUUUAGAUACUUUUUUAUGAGAAAAAAAUAAUCCCAAUGCGUUUAAUUUUUUUGAGGAAAUUUACCAUUUCUGUCGGAAUGUUCAAAAAGGCCCUCUGGCGGUGACAUGUGUAAACUAACAAAACUUCAAAUACUAAAACAGUUAAAGCCUAAGAAGGGCCCUUUUUAAAGCACACAAUUGUGUUAAAGUCGACUAAGCCAUUUCUAACAUACAGGAUAUUUUUUACGGAAAUCUUUGAAUACCUUCCCACUAUUUUAUUUUCAGAGAUAUAGGAAAAAUUGCAAACAAAAAGGUUAUAGAUUGUCCUCUACUUUAAAGACCAAGUAUUUCUUUGUUAGGUUAAUAUAUCAAAAUUCACAAAAACUUAUUUUAGAAACAUAAAAUUAUUUUCCGGGUUUUUUCUCUGCGAUGAGUACUUUCUGAGAUACAGUAUCUCACAUUCUUAGUUGGCCACCCUGUACAAAUAUCAGCUAAUAUAAAUCGAUUAUAAUAAUCUGGCUAAGACAGGGCCCUACUAAGACAACUCUGUAAUAUUAUGUUUUUCUGUAAAAAAUAAAAAUAGUAAUUUCCUAUCAGACGAUCGGAGACGCGUUGUGCCAUUAUUUUCGUCAAUGCGUAAUAUUCAAUUCUCAAUCUGUAUAUGCAUAUGUAUGUUUUCAUUACUUGAGUUUUAAUAUUUUAUUAUCGGCAGGGAUCCAAUACAACAGCCAGUACGACCUGUUGGGUAUUAUUGAUGCUUGCUAUACAUCAGGACAUUCAAGAGAAAGUAUUAGAUGAGGUCCUGCAAGUAAAGGCUGAUGAAGAAAGCGUUCAACUAUACCACUUGCCUAACCUAAAUUACCUUGAAAGGAUUAUCAAAGAAACGUUAAGACUAUUUCCAGUUGUGCCUUUCUUACUGCGAAGAGCCGAAGGAGACAUUGACCUUGGUGAAUUUACCAUUCAAAAGGAUUGUUCCAUUGCUAUAAACAUUUUUCAUUUGCAUAGAAAUGAAAAAUAUUGGCCGAAUGCACUUAAAUUUGAUCCUGAUCGAUUCUUGCCGGAAAGAGCGGCUAAAAUUGAACCAGGUUCAUUCAUACCAUUUUCCCAUGGACCUAGAAACUGUAUUGGAAUGAAAUUUGCCAUGAUGGAAAUGAAGACUAUUUUGGCAACAGUAAUAAGACGAUACAGACUAUUUAGUUCAUAUAAAAAUUUGGAGCAAAUAGAGCUGGACAGCAGUAUAUUUUUAAAGCCCAGACAUGGGUAUAAGUUGACUUUAGAGUUAAGAAACUAAUUUUUGUCCUUUUUUUAAUAAAUUGGUUUAC